AUGAGGCUUGGAGAAAUUCGUGGCACCCUCUCCCGCAACCCCCAACAUGGAUCUGUACAUAGACCAUGUGCUGCUCACACUCGAAUCGCGACGUCGCAACUCCAGCGGAGCUUCAGCCACAGCUCAUAUCAGAAAGGGAUAUGGGACGACGAUGAUGAAGUCCUGCAACCGGCCCCUGUUGGGCAAAUUGGUAUGCAUCGCAAAGGGCCCGUUCAACCAACUCGGUCCGCGCAACCAGCUCGACCAUCCCAACCCCCUCGAAACGUUGAACCAUCCAAGCCUGCUGGUCCCAGUCGCCCAGCGACGCACCGGAACGUCGGUAGCUUGCUUCGGUCGAGGAUUGAUACAAAGCAGCUGGCAGAUAACGUGGCAUCGAUUGAACAUAUAUUCCAAAAGUUGCCGUCGCAUGAGCUCCUGGUUGAAAGUUUCAUUCAAUUGAGAUAUCAAUACCUUGAUGAUCUUAUUUCUGAUUCCAUUGCGGCCGUUGAGAGCUACCAGGCCGAUUCUGAGAGCCUCACGGAAUGUCUCAACAAGCAAAUUGCUGACCUCAUGUUGGAAAUAACGCAACGGGUUGCUCAUGCAGAAAGUCUCACUCAGGCAUAUGUGUCUGAAUUCGACUGUCUGGCAAUUUCCAUACAACAGCGACGGGACUCGGUAAUCGCAAUCAACGAGGCAAGGGUAUCAGAAGCAAACGCCGUCACACAACAGCUCGCGGCUGAAGUGGCGACACUGUCCACUUCAAUAUUGGAACGAUUCACCACUAUGGUCUCGCAGAUUGCCAAUCAAGUCCAGCAAUCAAAACAGGCUACACGAAAGUAUUUGCUCCAGGUGAAGAGUCUCUCCUCUUCCAUUCAAGGAUUGGACCGCGUGGUAGUUUCAGUCGCGGAAUCGCGAAAGGCAAUUUCAAAGAUUGAGCGUGAAUUCUGCGCGACUGUCUUUAGGCCAAUCCCACAAUGGUCACAGGACCUAAAGAAAUCCGAGCUGAAGGUGCAAGGCUGGGAAAGCCAAAUCCGCGGUUCCGCGCUAAAGCUAAUAGCCUCCCAAGUCGAUUUAUCUUGGCAAUCCAUUGACUCAUUGCAAACACACUUCCAAUUCGAGUUUUGGCUACCACGAAUGCGGGCACAACGACGAAUAGAUCGAAUAAUUGCCCCGCUCGAGAGGUCGAGAUUGAUUUAUGCCAGGUUGCAACAAAAAUGUGCGGCGGUGCAGGAACCCACCUCUGAAAUAUCCUCUCUUUGUAAAGAGCUGAGCCAAACCGCUUCUGUUGACACUGAAGAUGCGAUAGAAUUUGCCGAGCUAGGCAAAAUCAAUGCUGAUAUUAGUCACGAACUACGAGAGCUCACUCAUAGUUGGCGUGCAGCUUGGCGCGAGAAGCAAAACAAUAACCAUGGUUUCAGGAAGAUGGCCCUCUGGCAGUGGAAAACCAUUACACGAUACUGUUCAAAAGAUCCCGCAGAACUUAUCCAUUCCAUGUUACGGAGCUCGGGACUUUUCGAGGUGAAUCAAGAAAAGGUGCGCUCUGCGCUCGGUCUGGCAUAUCUGAAUAUCCCCACAGAUUCUAUCUACUGGCGCCAGCUUAAUACGAUGGCCCCGUUUGAGCUUGCUGAUAUGAUGACAUGGCGCCUUCACUCUGAGGUUGAUUAUCUUCGAUUCAGCCUGGGAGGGCUGUAUGGGUCGCUAUGGCCAUCGCUACCCAGAGAGACAAAGGCACCCGUAUUGCGUUCUUUAACGCUAUGGUGCUCCCAGUUUGCAAGUCAUCGCAGUGAAUUUCGAGCAGAUUUUGCUGAGUUCAGAGAACUGAACUGGCUCCGCCUCGUUCGAGAACGCCGGCUAGGGAUAAAAGUUUCAUCACUUGAUGGAAUCAAACCAUUGAGAGGGGCCCACAGACUCCGUUCGAUCAACCGGAUGAAGCCCGCUUUGAAGAUGAAAACAUCAGGUUCUCCAAGCGCCCAGACCUCGCAUCGCAGUCAGUAUAAUUCUCGCACAGAGCCCUUCCUAGAAUGGGUCGAUCAAAUGGCACUGUGUUCACAAGAAGCCUUUCUUGCUACAUCUGCCCAUGCGAUCCCGCCAGCUCAAUGGGAGGACAUUUAUGACGAGUGGGAAUUAGGAAAAAUCAAUACGUCCUUUACUCCCGAGCUGGGUUCUUCAGUAGAAUCUCCAAAACGGCCCCGUCGGAGGAGAGGGGCUGCUGAGAAAGGGCCGCUGCUCUCUAUAGAACCUCCAAAAUCACACAGCCGUCCCAAGAACCGCUUUAGGAAGGUUUCGAAGGCUGAAUUACGGGAUCAGAAACUGCUUCACGACCAACUUGAAGCACAGGUCGCAGGCCUCACUGUCCCAAAGCCACUUCCUCAGAUCCAACUCAAAAGCCGCCUGCCAAGAGCUGAACUGGGCGGUACUCGGUCAUUCUCGAAUUGGUCACGAAGCGAACACAAAAGAGUGUAUAGCACAGAUGCAAGCUCUCAACACUUGGAGUCCCAACACCCUAGUGACGUGAGCCGCAAACCCCUCAAGGAGCGAACACUUGAAGAUGAAAUUUCGUUGGCAGCUCUCACGGAUACCCAACCUCUUGAGGAAAUCGUUCCCACGGACGACCGAUUCUCUCAUUCGGCGGACAAUAUCAGUCAAAAUGAGACCCCAGCGCCUGUGUUCUGGAGUCACAAAUCACAGCUCAGCCCUAGCGGUGAUAAAAUCAUCGUUCACUAUUGCCGGACACUCCAAAGUACUGAGGCAAUGGUCCAGCACUUCCUUGGAAGCAAAGUCCUCGGCUUCGACAUGGAGUGGAAAUCAUCGGCAACCAGUCGUGACGGCAUAAAGGGCAACGUAUCACUUAUUCAAAUUGCCAACGAGGAGCGAAUUGGCCUCUUCCAGGUUGCUCUUUUCCCGGGAAAGACCCAGAAAGACUUGGUGUCUCCUUCACUAAAGAAGCUGAUCGAGUCACCCGAUGUCAUCAAAGUCGGCGUUGCAAUUAAAGCAGACUGUACACGACUGCGCAAGUAUCUCGGCAUUGAUGCCACAGCCACUUUCGAGCUCAGUCACUUGUUCAAGCUGGUCAAGUUCGGCAAGGACGAACCGAAAUUAGUGAACAAAAGGGGUGUUAAUCUGAGCGAUCAGAUGGAAGAACAUUUCGGUCUUCCUCUUGACAAGGAUGAAGAUGUGCGCUGUGGAGACUGGACCCGUACCUUGAAUUACCAGCAGGUUCAAUAUGCAGCUACUGACCCGUACGCCUGUGUUCGGCUUUUCCACGCCAUGGAAGCCAAAAGGGAGGCUAUGGACCCCAUGCCGCCUCGUCCUGCAUUUGCUGAACUUGGUGAACCCAUCAUUCUUCCGCAAAGAGCAGCAGUCGCCACCGAUGAUCUCCUGCUCUAA